UGUAUUAUUUCAUCCUUUCUCCUUCCCAGCGCCGAGCAAAAACCCUCGCUUUCAUUCAUACUCUCACUCAUCAUGACUGCUCAGACACAGGAAGAGCUUCUCGCCGAGCAUCUCGAGCAACAGAAGAUCGAGUCUGACAAACCUGUUAUUGAAGAUGAAGAUGACGAAGAUGAUGAUGAUGAUGAAGACGAUGACAAAGAUGAAGAUGAUGUUGAAGGUCAAGUAGAUGCAUCUGGAAGACUUAAACAGAGCAGAAGUCAGAAAAAGAGCAGGAAGGCAAUGUUGAAGCUUGGAAUGAAGGCCAUCCCUGGAGUCAGCAGAGUCACUGUGAAAAAGAGCAAGAAUAUCUUAUUUGUCAUAUCGAAACCAGAUGUGUUCAAGAGUCCUACCUCAGACACAUAUGUUGUUAUUGGGGAGGCUAAGAUAGAGGAUUUAAGCUCUCAAUUGCAAAGUCAAGCUGCAGAGCAGUUUAGAGCUCCAAAUUUGAAUAAUGUUAUAUCAAAACCAGAGACUUCAGCUGUAGUACAGGAUGAUGAUGUUGAUGUGGAUGAGACUGGCGUGGAGCCGAAGGAUAUUGAGUUGGUUAUGACUCAGGCUGGUGUUUCGAGGGCUAAGGCUGUUAAGUCACUUAAGGCAGCUGAUGGGGAUAUUGUCUCUGCCAUUAUGGAACUCACCAACUAGGAGUCAGCUUUUGGGGUUUGUUUGUUACUUUUCGUUAUCUUUUAUUAUUGAUGGGUUAAGAUUUUUAUUAUGGAUUGAUUUUGGAUGAAUUUUUGGUACCCUUUUUUUUGUAUUUUCAGUUGCUGAGUUUAGUUGGCCAGUUAGAAGGGUCAGUGUAAACUUCUUUUAAGGGAGACUUACUGGUUCAUCUAAUUAAUAUUAUCUAUCAAAUUGAGUGUCUUAAG